AUGUCCGUUGCUUUCGCUGAUGCUGAUGGUGAACCCCUUCAAAAGGAUGAGAUUCACAUACGCCCACUUGGUGAAUUCCGCAACGAAUUUCAAAUGGAACAAAAACUCGGAGCAGGUUAUUUCGCUGAAGUUUUUCAGGCAACAGGAAAGAAAGAUAAUAAGGAAUAUGCAGUUAAGGUUAUAGAUAGAACACAAGCUGCAAAUCCACAACGUAUUUGGGCCGAAGUGCAAAUACAAUUACGACUUCAACAUCCGAAUAUUAUUAAACUCUAUAAGGUUUUUGCAGAUAAAUAUCAUGUUGCUCUUGUUUUGGAAUUUGCUAAAGGUGGAGAACUAUAUGAACACCUGCUUGAUAAUGAGUCUUACAAUGAAAUAGAUGCUGCGUCAAUAAUUAAACAUCUCCUUACAGCUUUAGUAUAUUUACAUAAAAAUGGGAUAGUUCAUAGAGAUAUCAAGCCAGAAAAUAUUUUAUUUGCAGAUACAGCAGCAAAAGAUCCAAAAUUAGCAGAUUUUGGUCUCUCUGGGUUGUUAAUUGAAGGGUCCCUUCUCCAUUCAUGCGCGGGAACACCUAUAUUUAUGGCUCCCGAAGUAAUUAAAGCCAAAGGUUAUAAUUAUAGCUGCGAUAUGUGGAGUGUUGGAAUUAUGACAUACUUAUUGCUAUGUGGCGAAGUACCAUUUAAUGGCGAGACACAUUACGAUCUAUUUAAGAAAAUUUGCUCUGGUGAAUUUAAAUUUAUUGAAGCUUUUGAUUCCAUUUCAGAAACAGCUAAAGAUUUUAUCAAAAAUCUUAUAGUUGUUGAUCCCUCAAAAAGAUUUUCUGCUGAAAAAGCUUUGAAGCAUCCUUGGAUAAAUAGUCCUCAAGAUGCAGCAUUAGGAACAUCUAGAGGUAAGGUUUUAACAUUUUUGCAAGACAGGAGAAAGUUACGCGAAUUCCAAGCCGCUAAUACAGCCGUUUCAUUUAUUGGUAAAUUGAAAUUCAAAUUAAAGAGCGGAAAGAAGAUUGAAAAGAAAAUCCCUAAGAAGGUAUUACAAAAAUAA